AUGGAUUAUCUGUCAGGAAGUAUUAAUAAUAUAAAUGAUACGGCGGAAGAAUUUCUCGCCAUAUUAAGCAAUGGAACAUCAGUAGGCAACUACACUGAUGUUUUCAACACAUCCUUGUCUGCAACGUCCACGGUAGAGCCACAAACAAUCUUUCACACUGGAUACCCAAGUGGCUACACAAUCACUUCCAUCAUAAUAGCAUCCAUUAUUGUUACAAUUUUAAUGAUUAUUAUAGUUGUUGGCAACAUGUUAGUGAUAAUUGCAAUUGCCACGGAGAAAGCUUUGAAAAAUAUUCAGAAUUGGUUUAUUGCAUCAUUAGCUGUGGCCGAUUUUUUCUUAGGCCUUGUGAUUAUGCCAUUUUCAUUAGCAAACGAGUUAAUGGGUUAUUGGGUGUUUGGCAGUUGGUGGUGUGACAUUCACUCAGCUGCUGAUGUGCUUCUUUGUACAGCAUCAAUAAUGAAUUUGUGUUUAAUAUCUCUCGAUCGUUAUUGGAGCAUAACACAAGCUGUUGAAUAUCUAAAGACAAGAACGCCUGCUAGAGCAGCUUUUAUGAUAGCUGCUGUGUGGAUAAUGAGUGCGUUAAUUUGUAUUCCACCGCUGUUAGGAUGGAAAGCAAAACGGCCUGAAGGUGAUUUACCACAGUGUCAGGCAGACGUUUCCUUAUUUAUAUUUAUGAGUGACGAUGUCAAAUGUUUUUUAAGAGAAACUUUCCUUUAUGCCCAUAAAAUUCAUUUUCGAUUAACAACGACAAUUUGUCAUAAUAAAAACAUGAAAACAUGGGAAUAA